CUUCUGGAAGAUCUAGUUUAGAAGAAAGUGGAGCGCGAGCGCGCGCAAGUCCGCAAAACAACAACAUCGUCGCAAAAAUAAUUUUAAUUCUCACCCAAAAAACAGAUCAUUUUGCUCGGCGACCUGUGAAGGAGAGGAGCGCAGGAGGCUGCUCUGGAUGCGCUGGAUGACCAUCAGAGCCGCAGAACGUCCUCCGGUCCGAGUCCUGCUUUGCCGCAAAAACAAACAAAAAUGAUGGCCGCGUACCUGAGCGCGGAGGAGAGCGUGAUGGGCCUCAUGGACUCCAGCUCGAGCGAGGCGGCGGAGAAGGAGCAGGCCAAGGAGGACGCCGCGGUCGUGGAGAAGAAAGGGGCCGAAAAGCCGGACCCCACCCAGAAGCCUCCCUACUCGUACGUGGCGCUGAUCGCCAUGGCCAUCCGCGAGAGCUCCGAGAAGCGGCUCACGCUCUCCGGCAUCUACCAGUACAUCAUCAGCAAGUUCCCUUUCUACGAGAAGAACAAGAAGGGCUGGCAGAACAGCAUCCGCCACAACCUGUCCCUCAACGAGUGCUUCAUCAAGGUUCCCCGCGAGGGCGGCGGCGAGAGGAAGGGAAACUACUGGACGCUAGACCCCGCGUGUGAAGACAUGUUCGAGAAGGGCAACUACCGGCGGCGGCGGCGGAUGAAGAGACCGUUCAGGCCGCCUCCUCCGGCGCACUUUCAGCCCGGCAAGUCACUCUUCGGCGGGGACGCCUACGGCUACCUGCCCGCGCCCAAGUACCUGCAGCCGGGCUUCCUCAACAGCUCGUGGUCCCUGCCGCAGACGCCCGCGCCCAUGCCUUAUGCGCCUAGCGGCAACGCGAGCCCCGUCAACGUCAAGGGCUUGUCCGCUCACUCCUCCUACAGCCCGUACUCUCGCGUGCAAACUAUGCCUCUCCCGGGCAUCGUGAACUCCUACAACGGCAUGAGCCCCCACCACCACCCGCACCACCCCCACCACCACCACCACCACUCGCACCAGCAGCACCCGCAGCAGCUCAGCCCGGUCACGGCGGCGUCGCCUCCGGUUUCGACGGGCAACGCCGCGGGCCUCCAGUUCGCCUGCUCACGCCAGCCCGCCGAGCUCUCCAUGAUGCACUGCCCUUACUGGGAGCACGAGGGCAAGCACUCCGCGCUGCACGCGAGGAUCGAUUUAUAACCGACCCCCGGAGGAACCCCGGAGGAACCUUGCUCGUGCUUUUGUGGAAGAAGAACAUUUCAGCUUUAACUGGAACCACGAGUCGAACUGCAAGGCUGCUUCCCGUUUGGAAUUUUCCAUUCUAUCUUAAACGUUCCAUUUAAGGUGGAUCGGAAAAUUCCAAGUGAGAAACUUUCAGUCUCGCGGCAAAAUCCGAGCGCGCUCAGGACCGGAGGCGGCACGCGGCUCUUAAUCGGACCAGGUGAAAGGGCUUCGCGCGCUGUGCGGUAGUUUAAGGAGGACUGGUGUGACGCCGGUAAUAUUUCAUUUCUUUUUUCGUUUUUAGAAUUUUUAAAAACCGUUUGAGAGUUUCGAGCCUCAGCGCGGACACGCGGACAGCGGGUGAAGUGAACCUGAGGUGUGUUUUACUUUUUUUGUAUUUUAAAAUCCACGGAGCUCGUGAAUUUGAUAAACUGAUAAACUGAAGGACUUUUUAGCUGCUCAGUUCCCAGAUUGUUCUAAACUGACACUGUGCUAAUAUUUAAGUGUUGCUAUUUUUCAGUAAGACAAAGAUUGUAAAUCAAAUCAGUAAACAGUGUUUACCUGAAUUCAUCAGUUAUAAUAGUAGUAAUAAUAAUGACGAAUUAUUGAUUGACAACACCGCCCAGGCCUGUUUAUUAUUAUUAUAAUAAUUAUUAUUAUUAUUAUUAUUAUUAUUAUUAUUAUUAUUGAUGAACAAUGUUAUUCAGAGCGGGACCAUGUUAAACUGGCACUUUUAAAACGUUUUUAGUUUUCUCAUUUUUUAAUAAACUCAUUUCUCCCACGUCAUGUGGCCAUCCAUUUAUCUUUUAUAUCGAUUCCAAUUGAAAAUCUGGAAUUAUUAUUAUUAUUAUUAUUAUUAUUAUUAUUAUUAUUAUUAUUAUUAUUAUUAUUUUAGUACACCUGCUAAAAACAAGGCAUCAACUAAACAUGUCUGCAUUUGCAAUCACCCACAUUUUGAAUGAUCCGUUAAGUUGACUGAACGUAAUAAAGAUUAUUUAAAAAAAUUACAUUUUGAA